GAUGAUAAAUGCUCUACGGGCGCUAUAGUAACUCGAGUAACCUGCUAAGCAUCACAAGUACUACUGGCAUUUGAAGCUUCAUCUCUGUAGUGGCAGAGUGGCUCUCUGUGUCUGUGCGUCGUGUCCUCUACCCUUGGACUGACAGUUCCCUUUGUGUUUUGAAACCAAACCUCCACUCUUUUAGAGGGUACCAUGGAAAGCAAGAGAUGCUUCGCGAAUCCUUUUGACGACUACCGUGGCAUCCCGCUGGUAGGACACUGCAAGGAGGCACUGGUGCCCUUGGUCACCUCUAUAUUAGAGAAAAUCCUGAAGGAUAUGCCUGUUCUUACGGAGCGCAGCAGGUGCUACGAGGGUGGGCUCUACAGUGGAGUGGCAGGAGUAGCAUAUAUGUUGUAUCAUGUAUCUGAAUGCCCUGUCUUCGCGUCCCACCGGGAUGAGUACCUGCGCCGUGCCCGGCAGAUAAUUGACUUGUGCCUCCAAUACGCUGAUAAAGAACAUGAUCCUAAUCUACGAACCGCCUUCCUUUUAGGAGGGUCCGGGGUGUUUGCAGUGGCCGCAAUGAUUUAUAGGGCACUGGGGCUUGCAGAGUUCAUUAAACCCUUAAACAAGUUUCGGGAUCUGUGGGAGGUUUGUGCUCCCAUUACAUUCUUGGACUGUGGAUCUGACGAACUGUUCGUGGGGAGAGCAGGGUACCUGUGUGCCACAUUAGUGCUGAAGCAUAAGCUGGCAAUGGAGGUGUUGAGCAAAGAACAGAUCAAAGCGGUCUGUCAGGCAAUUCUAGAAUCUGGAAAGCAGUAUGCCAAGAAGAAAAGAAAACCGUUCCCUCUGAUGUAUUCAUAUUAUGGAACAGAAUAUUUAGGUGCUGCUCAUGGCCUUUCCUCCAUUCUUCAGAUGUUAUUGUCAUACUGUGAAUACCUACAGCCUGGGGAUCGGGAACUAGUGUGGCAGAGUGUUGAUUACUUAUUAAACCAGGAACAGAACUCUAACUGGCCUCCUGAACUAGGAGAGACAAUUGAACGAGAGAAUGAACUUGUCCACUGGUGCCAUGGUGCCCCAGGCAUUGCUUACCUUUAUGCCAAAGCCUACAUGAUUUCUAAGAAGCCAAGGUACUUGGAUACUUGCAUACGAUGUGGAGAGCUGACAUGGCACAAAGGCUUGUUGAAGAAAGGACCUGGUAUUUGCCAUGGAGUUGCUGGAAGUGCUUAUGUGUUCCUCUUGCUCUAUAGGCUUACUGGAAACACCAAAUAUAUCUACAGGGCACAGAGGUUUGCUGAGUUCUUGCUUUCAGAGGAGUUCAAAGCAGGGUCACGUGCACUUGAGAAUAUCUACAGUCUGUAUGAGGGUCUAUCUGGGACUGUCUGUUUUCUUGUUGAUCUGCUUCAGCCUGAAAAGGCUGAGUUUCCACUCUUUAAUCUAUUUGUAUAAAGAAUCUCACUGAAUAUAUACUGUGAAGUUGUUGAGUUCAUUCUUAUAGGAGGUAUUUGAAAGCAUUGCAAGCCAGUGUCCUUACUUACUCUAGCCUUAACAUUCCAGAUUAUAUGAAAGAAAACAAGGAAGAAAAAGGGUGAAAGUAACCUGUAAUAUGUUCAUUUUUAUAUAGUGUGCCAGCCAUUGUAUCAGGGGAAAAUAUACUAUUCUGAAACCCACAAACAAUGGAUGUACUUUAUAUGACAAAUACACAUACAUACUUAGAUUGAAAACUAUCUAAAAUUCUAAAAAGCCAAAAAAAAAAGAUUUUCUGAUUUUGGAGAUUGAAUUGAAACACUCUCUGCACAUACUAUGUUGUAAAGAGCAGCACAGGAAUUUAUAAAUACAUAUUUGCUCUGAACUACAUUGUUUCAUUCGGUAUAUCACCAUUCAGUUUAAUUCUUGACAGUUCAACAAAAGAGGUAAGAAGUUAUCUGAGUCCUUGACUCUCACAUACAACAAAGGUGAAAGGUUGAGUCCCUGAUUCUCUUGAGUAUGUCUUGACAAACUCAUCUGACCUAGAGUGAAAACAAGACAGCAAAGUAAGGAUAAAAUGGAAGAUGGAAGGUAAACACAAACCCAGCACUGUAAGGCAUGGAAUGCAUUUUAAGAAGCUAUGUGCUGUUUUGCUGCGUGGCAACAUUUAUAUUGCUAUAUGUGGGAAGAACUGAAGAUGCUGAAGUAUUUUUAUUGAAAUAAAAGUAAUACUCCAGAAUACUGAAGUCCAUUAUACUGGUGUUAAAAAUCUGAGAAAUGACUUGCAAUAAGAAUUAACUGAUAUUCUGCACUGAAUUUUGUCAAUUUUCAUGAAAUAUUUUCCCAUACAAAAUAUCUAAAAUUUGUUUUACAUGCAGAUCAAGCUAAUUUGCUUCUGAGAGGUCUGCCACUGCAGUUUAGUGAUUUAUUUUUCUAUAUAUUCAUGUAUGUAUUGAUCUCAACAUGUUUUGGAUGUAAGACCCACAAAAUGUGAACUAUAACACAAACAGUAAGGAGUAAAUUACUGCAAAAGCCAACUUUAUUAAGAAUGACAUUGUGCAGUUCCGUGAAGUUUGCACAUAAUAUUUUACAGUUUGCACUUUGAAAAGUCACUUAGUAUCAGUAUGAAUGAUGCCAAUUCUGUGUCAAUGUUGGUACUGUUUCUCUUGCCCUCUUGCUAUAGAUGGAAGAUGAAUUGACGUCACCACCCCGUAUACAUUUUUUCGAUAUAGAUUCACUUCCUAUCUACUGUUCAGUACUGUGUAAUUUCCUUUUGAGUUCUCAUAUCCUAUAUGUGUGAAGUAACACUUUAUGCUGAUAAGAAACAUUAAUUUUAAACAUUUUACACUGGCCUUAACUUCCUGGAUGCCUUUUAGUGAUAUACAGGGAUGUGGAUAAUUGUAUGGGUGCUACAUUACAAAAUACUUGCUUAAUACACAGAUGUGUGCUACACAGAUGUGUGGUCAACAUUUGUUCAUUUGAUGGUGAUUCACUGAGCCUGGAAAAAUAAAAAAACUAGAAUACUUUUUUAUUUUCUUUUUUUCUUUUUCCUUCUUUCUUUCUUUUUUUUUCUUGUAACUAACCAGCCCACUCCCUUUUCUUGAAUAUACUCAAUGUCAAAGUAAUAAAACCAUCCUUUUUGUAUGUAAGCAUUUUCCUGUUUAUGAAAUGGACCUUGAACCAAUGACCAUAUUAUUGUUUUUGGCUUAUGUAGAAACAGGAGUAUACUAGACCAUGGAUUUACAUGUUUCUUCAUGUUAUCAUGACCAUGGCUGUGGAAGAAAGAGUCUUACUUUAAUUGCUUUAUCUUUGAUCUAUUUUGCCUGAGACAAAACUCAUUCUUAGCCACCAAGAUCAAUAUUGUGAAAAUAUCUGCAAAUGGUACAGACCAGUCAUGAGAUUAGGAAUAAGAAAAACUCUUACUUCAACUUUGAUCCACUUUGCCUGAAGCAGAACCAAGUUAGCCAGCAAGGUUACCUCUGUGAAAUAUGAAAUGGUAUAGAACAGCCAUGAGAUUAGGAAUAUAAAUUUAAGGUGUGUGAAUAUGUGUGUGUGUGUGUGUGUGUGUGUGUGUGUG